GCCUAUAUAUAAUACGUAGAAAUAUAUGAGAGAAUAUAUCGAAAACCCUAGUUUUUCACGUGAAAAAUCUGAGAUCCCUAAAAAAUUCCAAGUGGGAGGGUAUGAGAGAUAUGGUGAUUCCGAGUAAGCGACCCCGGGCUCCAAGCUUUUCGGAUAAGCAUCGGGAGGAGACUCAACCUGCCACCACCAUUGGUUCCGGUUGGUUCCAGGAGAAAGGGAAACUAAAAACGUUUCUUGAGCUAUGUGGUUUCUGCAAGAAAAAGCUACGUCACGACGAGAACGUUUUCAUCUACUUUGGGGCAUUCUGUUCAGAAGCAUGUAGAGCUAAACAGAUGGCAUGCGAUAUCUUUAUUGAAAAAUCGAGAGAGAUUAUAAAAGCAAAGAAGGGAAGAACAUGUGCAGGAAUCAAACCAAAAGAAGAUGAACCAUUAGGCAAUCAAGAGAGGAUCUCAUCACCACCCAAAUUUUAUAUAUGAUUGAUGAUGUGAUUAGGGGGUUGUUGUGUAUAUAUACUUGUGCAAAAAGCCAUUUUUCAUUAUUUCAGGGGAAAUGGCUUUUUACCAUAUCUAUCAAGUUGACACCGAUCGACAAUUAUUUGUUUUGUCGAUCUACUCAUAUGAUGUACAAAGGGGGUGGUUCAGUAGUGUAUCUCUUA